AUGGUUAAGGCUUUCCUCCACUCUAGACCGGGGUUUGUCCCCAAGAUCCCAACCAAUGUGGUCAGGCCUAUUGUACUGCAGGCUUUCUGUCCUCCUCCCUUUCUGACGCCGGACCAAGAGAAACUAAAUCUGCUCUGCCAUGUUAGGGCUCUAGAUGCUUAUGUCCACAGAGCUGCCCUUUGGAGGAAAAGUGAACUGUUUGUUUGUUUUGGACCACCUAGGAAGGGCUGUCCUGCAUCUAAGCAGAGGUUGAGCAAGUGGGUGGUCGAGGCCAUCUCACUUGCCUACGAGUCUGCCGGUCAGCCUUCUUCUUUGGCUGUCCGGGCUCAUUCAACCAGGAGAAUAGCUGCCUCUAAGGCUAUCUUGUCAGGAGUAUCUAUCCAGGACGUUUGUGAUGUGGCAGCAUAUGGAGCAGACUUGAUUACGUCAAAUGAAACUGACUCUGAGAAUAUGUUUCUCUGCUAUCCACUCCUGCCGGACUCCUGUCCUAAAGUACAUCGUCUUACUGUAGUUAAAGUGGCAAUGUAUGUUUUCAUGGUGCUGAUGAUCCUCACAACAGUUUUUGGGAACCUGCUGAUCAUCAUCUCCAUCUCUCACUUCAAACAUCUACAGUCUCCGACUCAUCUGAUCGUUCGCUCUCUGGCUGCCUGUGAUUGUCUGUUGGGAUCUUUGGUCAUGCCGUACAGCAUGGUGCGAUCUGUUGAAGGCUGCUGGUAUCUGGGAGAUUUUGUGUGUAAAUUGCAUUUUAGUUUAGACAUGACCUUCUGUAUCUCUUCCAUACUGCAUCUCAGUUUAGUAUCGAUUGACAGGUACUGGGCCAUUUGUGAUCCUUUAAGGUACAAAUUGAGGGUCACUAACAACAUUGUGACUAUAUUUACUACAUUUACAUGGCUGUUUUCAUUUGUGUACAGCUUUUAUGUUGUGUUUUCAGGGAUAAAUGCGGUUGGAAAGAUGCUUAAAUUGCAGAUCUCGUGUGUGGGAAGUUGUGUUCUGUUUUUUAACAAACAGUGGGGUCUAAUAUGUACUGUUCUCUUAUUUGUCCUUCCUGGAAUGAUCAUGAGCUCUCUUUAUAUGAAAAUCUUCCAUGUUGCAAGAAGACAUGCAAAGGUUAUGUCAGAAAGAGUGACUGUGGUGACAGCAGGAGGGUUGAAGAGUCAAAGCUCUGCACACAGAGAGAGAAAAGCAGCAAAAACUCUGGCCAUUGUCAUGGGUGUAUUUUAUUUCUGCUGGCUUCCUUAUUUUACUGUUACUGCUCUUGACCCUUUUUUCAAUUAUUUAACACCAGUUGAUGUUUUUGAUGCUUUGGUUUGGUUUGCAUAUUUUAACUCCACUUGUAACCCCUUGAUUUAUGGAUUUUUCUACCCUUGUUUUCAAAAUGCAUUUAAGAUUCUUAUAUCCACUUAUGUCUGUGGCAUCAACGAUUCAAACACCUUGACUUUAAAUAAAUAG